GCCGGGAGGGAAAGCCAGGGAAGCUUUUUUCCCUUCCUGCUACGGACGUCACCGUCUGGGACCCCUUGGAGAAGAUGCCGGACCAGAUGCAGACGCCCCCCUGGGUGGAGGAGGGAGGCCUGGCGACGGAGCUGUCUACAGCCGCUGGGAGCGGAGGAUCAGCUGGGGAUCCUUGUUACCAGAAUCCAAAAUGUCCUGAUAGAAUUGAAGAAGAACAAAAAGUAGAACCACACAUAGCCAGGCUGCAGGAGUUAUGGAACACCCCUCAAUUCCAAACUGUUCAUAUUCCGAAAUCAAUGAACUCUCCAUUUCUAAAGCACCCAGAACUCACGACGGGUCAAAAGCGCUAUCUCUGCAGCAUUGCCAAGAUCUAUAGCACGGAUUCCUUGAAGACGCUGAUGAAGAGACAGUACAUGCACGUGAUUCAGCAUGACAGCCAAAAGCCAGGUAUCUCUAUGCAUCACAGAAGUCAGAUCAAUCCACGUUACUCACAGAAGCAGCAUUCUCCCUGCACCACAUGGAGACACCAGCUGGAAAGGUUGGACUCCCUGCAUUCUAGCGUCAUAGCCACACCAGCAGCGGAAACGCAGGCCAUACAGCAUUCUCUCUGGCAACCAGGGAGGAACAAAGAAGGGUUAAAAUGUGGCCCUCUACCCAAAGCAAGAUGUAAGUCACUAAAGAUUUUUCGAAGACCCAGCAAAGCUUUCAGACACCCAGCUUUCACAAAUGAUUCUGACUCAUAUAUGAGUGAAGAAAAAAGAGAUGAAGAUUUAUUAAAUAAAUGUAUGCAGUCAAUGUCGAUAGAAGAACAAGGGGAAAAUCUGAUGUGAAUUUUAUACUCCUAACUCAUAGUCCUGGUUUUAUUUAUUGGCCCAAAUCCAAGUUGUUAAUUCUACAAAGUCAUGUGCCAAAGGAAGAGGUUGUGAAUUCUGUUCAUAACUAAUAUUAGGUCAGUACUGUGUUAUUCAUUAUAUAGUCUUAUUGGCUAGUUUGGAAUCAUUCCAAAAUUGGGCUUGUGAAUGUGUCACUGGUUUGAUGUAGUUCAGUGUUUCGGUGAUAUUUGUGCAGUAAAAUUUCUCUGUAAUCCAAGCUUGUAUUUAUAGGCAGACACAUUUAAAACCUUUCCUGCCAUUUAAAAAGAAAAAUAAGAAUUCUUUUAGUUUUCUUUAAAGCAUUUGCUACCAAAGGCUAUUAAACAGUAAAUUUUGCAUAAGCAUCCUGCUGUAAAAGUGAUUCUUUCUCUCUCUGUGCUAACUCAAUAAACAUUUGUUGAAUUGGA